CCCCCAGCAAGUCGAGCUCCUCUCUCACGCGCAGAGCGAAUGGGGGGGCUAAGCUCCGUCCACCUCCCUGGGGCCGGAAGCGGGGCUGCCCCUAGUCACGUGGGCGCGGGUGCUGCAGCUCGGAAGUGUUGCUGGGGGGAAGGGCUGGUUGGGCGGCCGGCGGAGCGGGGGAGACGUUUUGCUGAGACACUGGCCGGAUGUGAAGGGUAGAGGGGAGCGAGCUGGUGGUGGCCCGAGGAUCCUGCCUGGACCAGGGGCUGGCACCCACAGUCAUGGAGGAUGAUCCGGCUUCUCCUGCCAGCAAGGCCCCGUCUCCGCUGAGCUGUAUCCGGAUGGUCCAGGCGGGCUGGUCGGAGAAGGAGGAUGGGGCCUGGGAGCAGAGCGGAAGCGUGCAGGAUCCAGCGAUGGUGGGGAGCUCUCCAGGGCGACCCGGGAGUUCUCCCCUUCUUUGCCCACCCAGCCGGUGCCAAGGGAGGCAUAGCCCUGCCAGCCCCCAGGACACUGAUGGGACAGACCAGAACGGGGCAGAAGAGGAGGUGGUGUCCCCUCUGUGCCGGGAGCCCCCCCAGUCCCCAGCUCCAGGGGAGCCACAGCCCCGCAGGCCGUUCCGGCGGAAGCACCGGCUGUACGUGAAGCUGUCCCCUGGCCAGGUCACUGUGUCCCCAAGCCAGGACAGGGGGCAGCCAGCCACUUCCGAGGAGCCAGGGCCUUCCCAGGGCAAAAGGCUGCGGCUGCUGCGAGGCCAAGCCAGCAAAUUCCGGAGGAAGAAGAGACCCUUGGAGAAUGGCCACGAGGCGGGGCCUGGCGACGUGGGGCCCUCCCUUCCCCUCCGCCAGUGCGGUGGGGAGGAGGGGCAGGACCCGGCACCAGAGGGGGAGGAGGAGGAGCAGGGCUUGGCAUUGAAGCAGGAGGAGGAGGAGAGGCAGGGCCUGGCACUGAAGCGGGAGGAGGAGAAGGGGCAGGGCCUAGCACUGGAAUUGGGGGAGGAGGAAGAGAAGAGUUUCGGCUCCCCCAGGCUGGCUGGGCCUGGUACCACGCGCCCCAAGCCGGACUUUGUGCAGCUGAUCGAUGAGCACGGGAUCUACUCCACAGCCAAGCUGGUGCUGGGCAGCACGGCGGGCGAGCUGGACGAGGGGGUGGUGCUGCCACCGCACCUGAGGCGGGCAGGCCCCCAGCUGGAGAUCCGGGAGGUGAUCGUGGACGACAAGCCCUUCGCGUGCAGCGUGUGCGAGAAGACCUUCAAGCGGGCCUGGGAGCUGUUCAGCCACGAGGUGGUGCACAACGAGGAGCGGCCCUUCCACUGCGACCUCUGCGAGGCCUCCUUCAAGCGCCACUCGGACUUCAAGAGCCACCGGCUGGUGCACACCGAGGAGCGUCCCUUCCACUGCGAGAUGUGCGGCAAGAAGUUCAAACGCUCGUCCAACCUCCAGGAGCACCGGCGCAUUCACACCGGCGAGCGCCCCUACCAGUGCGCCUGCUGCGACAAGAGCUUCAAGACGCCCUACGAGCUGCAGCGCCACAUGCUCACCCACUGCACCGAGAAGCCCUUCAAAUGCGGCGACUGCGGGAAGGACUUCCCCACCUCCAACUCUCUGCUGCUGCAUCAGCGCCAGCACUGCGACGACAAGCCCCACGUCUGCGGCGUCUGCGGCAAGAAGUUCACCUACGGCCACAGCCUCAAGGUGCACGAGCGGGUUCACACCGGUGACCGGCCCUUUGUCUGCCCCAUCUGCGGCAAGGGCUUCAAGCAGUCCAACGCCCUCUCCUCGCAUGAGCGGGUGCACACUGGUGAGCGCCCCUUCGUCUGCAAGACCUGCGGCAAGGCCUUCAAGCAGUCGUCCUACUUGGUGAUCCACGAGCGCUCGCACACGGGCGAGCGGCCCUACAAGUGCGAGGUGUGCCAGAAGGCCUUCGCCCGGCCCUCGCUGCUGCUGCAGCACCACCGGGUGCACAGUGAGGAGCGCCCCUACAAGUGCAGCUUCUGUGACAAGUUCUUCAAGGACCUGGCUUACCUGACAGUGCAUGAGAAGGUGCACACGGGCGAGACCCCCUACAAGUGCAGUGUCUGCGACAAGGGCUUUGCCCACCCCUCCAACCUGCUGCAGCACCAGCGUGUGCACCGCGAUGGCUGA